CUCGGACAUAUCGACAGCCACUCCCCUCUAAGCGCCAUCAACGCCGAGGAUACAGCUUCCCAACGGAUGAAAGGCUGCGGAUGUACGGAGUAGCGUUGCACAAGGCGGGUCCUAUAGAUAAUACUCAUAUAUAUACACAUUUCCGCAUCAGCCCACUCUCAGAGCUUGAACACUUCAUCAUCCCACCUCUAUUCCACAAGUGAACUGAAAGACCGUACCUACCUUUAUCAUCCAUCCCUUACCAUCUUCAAGCAACCCACAUCCCCAGCUCCUCGUCGCUUCGACACCCCACAGCCCAAAAUGGCCGAAGCAGCAGCUCCCCAGAUCUUCGACGUGCCAGCCACCUACAAAGCCGUCGUCUACGAUGCCCCCGGCACAAUCUCCACCAAGAUUGAAACGCUCGACACUCCCACCCCCGGCCCCGGCGAGGUCCUCGUGCGCCUCACCCACUCCGGCGUCUGUCACUCCGACCUGGGCGUCAUGACCAACUCCUGGAAAGGCCUCCCCUUCCCCACCCAGCCCGGCCAGGUCGGCGGCCACGAGGGCGUCGGAAUUAUUCACAAGCUCGGCCCCGCCGCCGGCCCCAGCAACGUCAAGGUCGGCGACCGCGUCGGUAUUAAGUGGAUCUCCUACGCCUGCGGCUCCUGCGCCGCCUGCUCCGUUGGCGCCGACGGCGUGUGCUUCAACCAAACAAUCUCCGGCUACUACACUCCCGGAACCUUCCAACAAUACGUCCUCGGCCCCGCCUCCUACGUAACCCCCAUCCCCGCCGCCCUAAAAUCCGAGGCCGCCGCCCCCCUUCUCUGCGCCGGCCUAACCUCCUACGCCGCCCUGCGCAAAUCCGGUGUGAGCUCUGGUCAAUUCGUCGUCGUUGCUGGUGCCGGUGGUGGACUGGGGCAUUUGGCUGUCCAGAUUGGUGCUAGGGGGAUGGGGUUGAGGAUGAUUGGCGUUGAUCACGGGUCGAAGGAGGAGUUAGUGAAGGAGAGUGGCGCGGAGGCGUUCUUCGAUGUCACCAAGUUCGAUGAUGCGGGGUUGGCGGGGGAGAUUAAGAAGGUUACUGGUGGCCUUGGAGCGCACGCGGUGAUUGUGUGCACGGCGGUCAACAAGGCGUAUGCGCAGUCCCUGGGCCUGCUGAGGUUCGGCGGAACGGUGGUGUGUGUGGGUAUGCCGGAGGGCGAUCUGGUGCCGAUUGCGAGUGCGGUGCCGGCAGACCUGAUUGCGAAGCAGUUGACGAUUGUGGGGUCGGCGGUGGGGAAUCAGAGGGAGGCGGCGGAGGUGUUGGAGUUGGCGGCGAGGGGGCUGGUGUCGACGCAUUUGAGGGUUGAGAAGAUGGAUAGGCUGACGGAGGUGUUUAAGGAGAUGGGGGGGGGGAUGUUGCAAGGGAGGGUGGUUAUUGAUUUGGAGUAGGGGGAGGGGUUUGGAGUAGAGGCGUGGAGGCGAAUGGGUGGCAUGAAUGAAUAAAGAAUCGUAUUUGUAUUCCUUUGCUGGGGAUUCCUUGCUGUGUCUGGACCAGAAUUUGAGUGUAAACUUCCUUAGGUCCCAUCCAUAGAUC